GAACAGCAAAAUAACCAAGCAAGUUCAACUCUGAGCCUCAAAAGAUGGGUGCUAUAAUGAAGCUAGUCGAUGCUGUACUGUGUUUGUUCUUCAUCAUAAUGAUAGUGUCGCCUAUGGUGCACGCGCAGUUUGUUCUGCCUCUGAGCCUCUUCCCGGAGUGGAUGGUGGAGCAGAAGAAGUGGUAUAUGCGCGAGUUCAAUGACUAUUUCUAUGUCGAGAAGCCUGAUUUCUUUAUUGGUCUGGUAUUGGUUGAGCUUCUGUUCCAGUGGCCUCUUGCCCUUGCCAUCUUGUACGGCAUGUUGAGUUCCAAGAAUUGGUACAACACCACCUGCUUGGUUCAUGGUGCCUCUUUCUUCACCACCAUGGUGACAGCAUUAGCAGGACUCAUUGGAUCAGGCAAGGCAUCUGAUAAGGUCUUAACCUUGUACUACACUUUCUUGGGGUUCGCUGUUCUGACCCUGCUUCGUGGGUUGAUGCCACCACCAACUACUUCAAACAAUGACAAAGCAAGAAGAAAAAGGAUUGGCGCACCGAAGAAAAUGAUAGUGUACUCACAGAUUUCUUUCUUUGUUUCAAUAAUUCUUUUACAUGUUUGAAUUACAUGAGGGAUAGAGUUCCAAAUCUAUAACCAUUCUUAUCAAUUAGUUUGAGAGUUUGAUG